AUGCUUUAUCACAUCACAGUAUUUAGUCGGUUGUCCACCAUUAUACCCAAGGGUUGCGUCAUUUUAAUUAAAAUGGAUUGUGGACGUUCAAGUAGUUCAUCGGGUUGGGAAGAGGAGUUGGAAGCUGUAGCUGCUUUUGUAGUUCUUGAUGAAGAAGAAAAUAAAACAAAAACAAGAGAAUGGGUCCAUGCAAUUAAUAAAAAAAGAGAAACUUUGGGUGAGUUUCAUAGACUUGUUCCGGAAUUAAAAAAAGAUACGAAAAGAUUCCAUAUGUAUUUCCGGAUGACGAUGGAAGAGUUUGAUUUUUUACAUGAACUCAUUAAACCAGACAUAUAUAAACAAAAUACUCAAUUUAGAAGAGCCGUCAGCACAGAAGAAAGAUUAGCUGUUUGCUUAAGAUUUUUAGCAACAGGAAAUAGUUUUAGAAGUAUUGGAUUCAACUACAGAUUGGGAUUCAGUACGGUUCGAGAAAUUGUAAAAGAAGUCUGUGAUGCAAUAUGGAAUAGAUUGGGACCAAUCGUAAUGCCACCACCCACAGAAGAAAUUAGAAACUAUUUAGGGGAUAAUGAGCCCAAUAAAAUAUUCAACUACCGAUUGUCACGAGCAAGACCCGUUGUCGAGAACGCUUUUGGAAUAUUGGCCGCUCGUUGGAGGUGUUUCCGUGGGCACUUAGAAGUACAACCAGAAAUUGUAGAUAAAAUUGUGCUUGCAUCGUGCUGUCUGCAUAACAUGUUAUGCGCAGACAAUGCGUUUGAACCCGAUAAUGAAUCAUUACAACUUCCAGAAGCAGCUUUAUUGAAUUUAGAUCCUCUAAGAAGAAAUAGCACUCGUGAAGCGUUUCAAGUACGAGAAAAAUUUAGAGAUUAUUUUAAUUCAGAUGCUGGUAGUGUUGUUUGGCAGGUGGAAAGUGUUCGAAAAGGAAGAAUUCAUUCUUAA